CCUGCCUCGGUUCUUGAUGUUUGCUACGAGGGCCGUUGGAUGUAAACUGGAGGGUGGAUGCGCACGAACAUGGCAACUUCUGCCGUUAUCCUCCCAACUGGAGGGUGGAUCCCCUCUCGUCCCACCGGAAAUCGCCUCCGCCUCCUCCCCACCUCUCCUCCUCGGUGGUGGUAGCAGCCGGCGACGGCGGAGGAGCUCCGAGCUCGAGGGGAACCCAGCGUCGCCCGCCGAGCGCCGGAACGGCGAGCCGGAGCCCCCUAUCAGAUCGGACUCCAAUUCCGGGAGGAGCCCCCCAUCUGAACACGAAUUUUGGCCGGCCGGGAUCCCCGCCUCCUCCGGCGCCGCCGAGUCUCGGAGGUGUCUCGCGAUCCUGCCGUCCGAGAUGGGGAGCACCUCCUCUAUGCUGACGCAGUACGACAUCGAGGAGGUCCAGGACCACUGCGACCACGCCUUCUCGCAGCAGGAGAUCGUGUCGCUGUACCACCGGUUCUGCCAGCUCGACCGCAAUGGGGGCGGAUUCGUCUCCGCCGAAGAGUUCAUGACCGUCCCCGAGUUCGCCGUUAACCCUCUCUCACAGAGGCUUUUGAGGAUGUUAGAUGGGCUGAACUUCAAGGAGUUCGUGGCUUUCUUGUCAGCCUUUAGUCCCCGUGCAAGCCUGCAGCAAAAAAUUGAAUUUAUUUUCAGGGUUUAUGACACUGACUGCAACGGGAAGGUGGCAUUUGAUGACAUCUUGAGCAUCUUGCGAGAUUUGAGUGGCUCUUUUAUGACCGAGCAACAGAGACAGAAAGUUUUGAUCCAUGUUUUAGAAGAAGCUGGCUAUACAAAAGAUUCACAUUUUACUGUACCAGACUUUAUGAAGAUUCUUGACAAUUCAGAUGUGAAGAUGGAGGUCGAAGUUCCUAUUGACUAAGAACCACUUGUGUUAUUGAAUGUUUCCCAACAUGUGUGUUAGCUUGAGCAGAUGGAAUAUUUAGACCCUAGUACUUUUUAUCAGGGAUGAAGCUGUAAUUAGUGAAACAUCUGUAUUUGAUUAUUUCAGGCUUAAUUAACAUUUUACCGCCUAUGCAUCCUAUGACCUUUCAGGUACUGUUACUCUGUAAGGUCCCUUUCAGAAAAAAAAUAACAUUUUGUCAUAUUGAAAUCAUCUGUGAUAUUAUUGUUGCUUAUUAAUAAUUGCUAAUACCUUCCA